AUGUGUGGCACUUUGAAAUCUGGAAUAGUGUUGACUCGGCAAGAUGUGGUUCUCGAGGCGUUUGACACGUACGGUUCUAUGAACCAGAAAGCUGCACAGGUCUUCGGUCUAGUCAGACAUAUAGGAGGUGUAAUGCUUGGUAGUUCAAUGGUAAUAUACCUGAGCCUGGAGACAGGUAACCCAACUGCCAAUCUUGGUAUGCAAUCCCAAAAUCCGACGAUCUAA